GGUUCACGCACAUCUAUCAACUGAACUUCCCCUUUUCGUACUAAUUCGGCAAGCUCCGCCGUGUCGAUCUCGGGACUAGUUGCGGAGGUGGUGUAAAAGAAGGACCUACGAAUCUUAGGGAAAGCGUUUCCCCCGCACGUUCUCUUCUCGCUAUGAUUCGCGGUCGGGAUCCGCUGCUCGAGGCUGGGAGACGCUAGAAAGAGAGCAUAAACGCAGCGCAGGGAGCCGAUUGAUCUUGUCAGUACGCUAAGACACGACAUGGCUAGAGGCGAAGGCGAAGGCCGAAAUAAUUAUGUAGUAGGGUCAAAGUUCGAAUAAUAUAACAUCACGUGAUCUUGGAUAUAGUUUCUUCCCAGCCAGAUGGUUGGCUUUUCCUGAAGGGCCCUGUGAGAAGCCGACCGUCUCUGCUGGAUUUACCUUCUUCAAGCCAGUGGGACGGACUACCGCCAGUGGACGACGUACCAAGAGCGUCAAAACGUUACGUCUAGCCGGGAGUACAUACGUACGUAUCUCCUAGGAACACGGUCCCGGAAGCGUCUUUCAGCGUUGGGCGGCGACGCACACGAGGCGUGGUAUCCGUAGACUUGCACCGGUGACUGGUCUGCGUUCAUGAAUGACAGAUAGGACAAAUCCCGGACUUAUGAGCAAUCCCCUCCUGCCCAAUGGACGGAAAAGACGCCUAACUCCUCUCCACAAGAAGCACAGGGACCCCACUCUAAUACCCUAUCAGCCAGUCAAACGUCAGAGAGCGAAUUCGAAUGCACCUCCCAACAUGGCUCAUCUCCCGGGCUCCAACAAUCACAAGAUGUCUGCCGGUACGGGCGGCUCGGCCGGGAGGGUUGGUUUCAACAACCUUGCCAAGAAGAGCAAUCAGGGAAAGAAGCUGGUCAUCAAGAACAGGAAAGUCAAACCUGAUUUACCGGAGAACUACGAGGCGGAAACCUGGUCCAAACUGGCCGAGGUGAUUGUCGCAGUCCAGCUGCAACGCUCCAUAUCCUACAGCCUCGAGGAGCUGUACCAGGCAGUCGAGAACAUGUGCUCGCACAAGAUGGCUGCAAAUCUCUAUUCUAACCUCCGCAGGGAGUGUGACCAUCACGUUCAGAGCCUUGUUCCCAAAUUUAACCAACCGGAGAUGGGGGACAGUGAACUCCUACUGAUGGUCAGCAAACAAUGGAAUGAUCACUGUAACCAGAUGAUAAUGAUUCGGAGCAUAUUCCUCUAUCUGGACCGGACGUAUGCGGUCCCAAGUACAUCAGUACUUUCAAUCUGGGACAUGGGUCUGGACCUGUUUGGCUGCCACAUCAUAUCUCCCGCCAGAGUCCAGAACAGAGUGGUCAAGGGAAUACUCUCUCUCAUCACUAAAGAAAGACAUGGAGAGACGGUAGACCGUGUGCUACUGAAGAAUCUGCUCACCAUGUUGGUCGACCUUCGAAUGUACAGUGAAGCAUUUGAGACUGACUUUCUGCUGGAGACGGAAACCGUCUAUCGCACCGAGAGUCUUCGUAUGAUGAGAGACACGGAAUUCACCCUCCCGGAGUACUUGUCUCAUGUGGACAGAAGACUCCAACAGGAAAUGGAGCUGCUCAACAACUACCUUCACAAGAGUACCAGGAAGCCUUUGAUACUGUGUGUUGAGAAACAGCUCAUUGGAGAACACCUCCAAGAGAUUCUGGACAAAGGGUAUGAGAGUCUCCUGGAGGCAGUUCGUGUGUCGGAGCUCUCUCUACUGUACGGGUUCUUUGCCAGGUUCAAGGACGGUCUCCCACUCAUGUCCAAGGCCUUCUCCGACUACAUCAAGAAAUCGGGGGUGGCUAUAGUGAGUGACGCCGAGAGAGAGAAGACAAUGGUUCACGAACUGCUGGAGCUCAAGUCCAAAGUAGACGGAAUCAUCGAGAAGGCCUUCAAGAACAGUCAGCUGUUCCAGGGAGUGGUGAGGGAGGGCUUCGAGGCGGUGGUGAACCGCAGACAAAAUAAACCAGCUGAACUGAUAGCAAAGUAUGUGGAUGUCCAGUUGAGAUCGGGGAACAAAGAGUGGACAGACGAGCAGAUGGAGAGACUAAUGGACAAAGUCAUGGUCCUCUUCAGAUUCAUCAACGGUAAAGAUGUGUUUGAGGCGUUCUACAAGAAGGACCUCGCAAAGAGGCUGCUUCUUGGGAAGAGCGCUUCAUUCGAUGCCGAGAAAUCCAUGCUCCUCAAACUCAAACAAGGAGUGUGGAGCAAACUUCACCAGUAAGCUGGAGGGUAUGUUCAAAGACAUGGAACUCUCGCGUGAGAUGAUGAUCAGCUUCAAAGAGACAUCAAGACAUAAGGUCUCGGGGAAUGUUGAUCUCAAUGUACAUGUCCUCACUAUGGGUCACUGGCCCACAUACACACCCAUGGAAAUACAGCUACCUCCCGAGUGAUACGAAGUACAGGAGGCCUUCAAGUCAUUCUACCUCAACAAACACAACGGUCGUCGUCUCCAAUGGCAACCGUCACUGGGCCACUGCGUACUCAAAGCUGCCUUCCCUCACGGAGAGAAGGAGCUCCAGGUGUCACUGUUGCAGUCUCUGGUGCUGCUACUGUUCAACAGUGCCGAUAAACUCCCCUUCACACACAUCAGGAAGUCACUCAAAUUGAUGAUGGUGAGUUGCGGAGGACCCUGCAGUCUCUGUCACUGGGUAAACAGGGGACAGGUGGCAGAGUACUCAUCAAAACACCCAAGGGAAAGGAUGUCAAUGAUAGUGAUGAGUUUGUCUACAACAAAGAGUUCAGACACAGAAUGUGCCGCAUCAAAAUCAACCAAGUCCAGCUGAAAGAAACGGUUUGAAGAGUCUUUUAUAGUAGUGUGUUUUUUUGUUGAGAUUCUUAAAUUGAUCUUUUCCACAGCACGAAGAAAACACAGCCACCAAUGAAAGAGUCUUUCAAGACAGACAGUAUCAGGUAGAAUAGCCUAUAUAUCUGCCCCCUUCUCGUAUUCAUUUUCUAUGAAUUUUGAAGUAAGAACCUCAAUGGCUAAGGGUAUUGGCCAUUGACACACCAUGCAGAAAAAACCUCAGUUUUUUUCUCCUUGUGUAUUAUUGUUGUGUGUGUAGGUGGAUGCUGCUAUUGUCCGUAUCAUGAAAAUGAGGCGAACUCUGCCUCACAAUCUCCUUGUCUCUGAAUGUAUCUCUCAACUUCGAUUCCACGUCAGAGUAAGCCCCAUUGACCUAAUCUCUUGUGAUACUUCCACCCCCCUUGCCCUCCCUCCCUCUUUCCCCGUGCAGCCCUCAGACCUCAAGAAAAGGAUAGAGAGUCUAAUUGAUAGAGACUACAUUCGUAGGAGUAAAGACAAUAGUAGUAUAUACGACUACAUUGCGUAACAACAGCAAAUUCCAUAUCAUCUCCAUGCCAUGUGUUUUUGAAAUCUGUGGAUAUGAAGCAGACAUUGGGGGAGUAUAAUUCAACACAGCCCCUACGCAUUCGCUUGCUUAUUAUACACAUGGGAAUUUGGAAAAAGCGCGUGCUUGACAGUGCGCGCGCUGGAGUUUUGAAGGAAUGUGCCGGGUGCACCACC